AUGGACAGCAGUGGUCGUAGUAAUGAUGAUAACCGCGGUCAUCCCCGUCAUUUUUUAACUCCAGAUGGCAAAAAGAUGGACAAGUCGCCCAGUCUACAUGGUAUGCACGCUCAAAGUUCAACCGAAACAAGCGGCUUGGGAGAAACUAUUACUUCGGGAUUUUCGUCUCAGGACAGCGUGCUAAGUGGUAAGGAUCUUGAGUACUAUAAUAACUCCUCCACCGAUGCAACGGUGGUGAGAAACCCCAAAAGCGUGUCGGUCACGGAUGAGAGCAUCAGAGGAGUAACCCGGAUCGGACGGAAGCCAGUCAUUCGUCCAAUAGGAACCCAGAAAAAGAGUUACGCCCCUGUGCCUGCAACGGCUGAUGUGAAUGACGAAGACAUGUUUAUCAACCAGACGAAUUUCGACGCUCUGUUUAUGCAGAGCGCCGCUGAGGCCGCGCGAGUCGACGAGAACAACGUGACAUCUCGUAUGACUUCGUCCGGGCAGACGAACUCUCACCAGAGAGACCCCAUAGACGAAUGGGAAAGAGGAGGUUCGGUGAGGAGCUCUAUAAGGAGUCACUCGUCGAUCGGGUCCUUUCGGUCGCGAAAUGGAUCCCGGAAAAGUCCCAGGCGAUUCCUGGGCGUCGGAACAAAGUCAACGUGGAUGAAGUGGUCGGAGGAACGCAGAGCGUCGUACCGACGACGAAUCGAACUACUGGACAAACCAAAAGUCGACACGGACCGCGUGACCACCCCAAUCAAGAAAGCGCGUCAGGAGUGCCUUAAAUUUGUCCAUCCCGACUUGGAGAAGAAUUAUCUCUCAGAAGAUGACAUCAAUGAUUUAAAGAGGCAUAAACAGCAGCAGUAUUAUACUUAUAGCGUGAUCGAGAAGUCCAAAAAAGGUCGCUACCCAGUGCGGACAGAGCUCUCUCUUUUUUCUCUAUCACUCUCUCCUACAUACUCUCUCUCUUUCUCUCUCUCUCUACCAAAUUUAACAUUCUAUAUCCGAACACCUCUCUCUUUCUCUCUCUCUUUCUCUUUCUCUCUCUCUCUCUUACUCUCUGUUGAUCCCCCUCGACCAAUCUCCUUUCUCUUUCUCUCUCAUUCUCUCGCUAUCUUUUUUUCUCUAUCACCCUCUAUCUAUCAACUACUCUCUCUUUUUCACUCUAUUUCGACCUCUGUAUCUUUCUUUCCCUCUCCCACUCUGUCAAACUCUCUAUCCACCCCUCUCUCUCUCUCUCUCUCCCUGACAAAAUGUUUCUAUUUCUCUCUAUCAUUUUCUAAACCUCUGUUUCUCUCUCUCUCUCUCUCUCUCUCUCUCUCUCUCGCGCGCGCGCGCUGUUUAUCUAUCUCAACCAAUCUGUUUUCUCUCUAUCUUUAUUUCUCUCUAUGA